CAUUUAAGCGUCAUCACCCUGAGUCGAGAGCGCGAUUGGCGGGACGCUUGGAUUGUGGCUGCAGUGUCACCAGCGAUGAGCGGCGCGGGAGCGAUAGCGGCCGCUUCCGUGGGAUGCCUGCGCACUGGUGUCCCGAGGCCUUUCUCAGGUACCGGCCGCUCGCGGUCGCGGCUCGGCGCGGGGUUCUUCGCCGGUGACUAUUUGAAGUCUUAUGGGAGAGGCCUUAUCAUCAGGUGUCACAGCACAGGAAUGACCUUAGACAAUAUUAACCGGGCAGCCGUGGAUCGGAUAAUCCGGGUGGAUCACGCUGGUGAAUAUGGAGCAAACCGCAUCUAUGCAGGGCAGAUGGCUGUGCUUGGACGGACCGGUGUUGGCCCUGUCAUUCAGAAAAUGUGGGAUCAAGAAAAGAACCAUUUGAAAAAGUUCAACGAGUUGAUGGUUGCGUUCAGGGUCCGACCUACAGUUUUGAUGCCCUUGUGGAACGUGGCAGGGUUUGUCCUGGGGGCAGGAACUGCCUUGCUGGGGAGGGAAGGAGCAAUGGCCUGCACUGUGGCAGUAGAAGAGUCUAUCGCUCAUCACUACAACAACCAGAUCCGCAUGCUGAUGGAGGAGGACGCUGAGAAGUACGAGGAGCUACUGCAGGUCAUUAAGCAGUUUCGAGAUGAGGAGCUUGAGCACCACGACACAGGCCUGGAACAUGAUGCAGAGCUGGCUCCCGCAUACACCUUGUUGAAGAGACUUAUCCAGGCCGGAUGCAGUGCAGCCAUAUACUUAUCAGAAAGGUUUUAAAGCACGACUACUGAGCCAUCUCAAGAAAAGAUGGCCGUAACUCAAGGAGCGGUGUUUGUGGAGGAGGAACUGCAGUUAUCACUGUGUGCGAUUUGUUAAUACAAGAGGCGGUGUUUGGGGGUUGUGUCACUGUUGUCAAUAAAACUCCUCGGUGCUGGUUU